AUCUAUAUGAACUUCAUCUUGGCGCACAGCUAGCAGCUACGAGCAGUAUUUGGGCUCGCAUUUGGAGUUUUACCAAGAAUGCUCUCGAAUUUUCUCCUCCUCUUCUUGCUUGCCCACAGCCUCUACCUCUCAGCUGCUUCCUUCAUCAGCUGGCGAGCAAUGGAAGCUGACGGAGGACACUUUUGCGAGGAUUCCGAAGUAUAUUGCGGAGGGCCGUUUAUGAAGGACCGUUAUCCUUUCGUGCGAUUCGACCCUCUCAACGGAUCAUGUUCUCCUCAUAUCACUUGUUCACAAAAUCGCCUUGGUAUGAAGAUCGGCUCGCUUGAAUAUCGGAUCAAUUUCAUCGAUUACGAGAAACAAACUCUUUUGAUGGCCAAUAAUGAUUACUUCUUGUCCGACCAAUGCUUAUGCUGUUAUUCGUCAGGGAUUACUCUCUUUCAGGAUGUUGAGCCUUUUUUCAGCUACACCGAGCACAAUCUACAGGUUUUAUUGCUCUACGAUUGCUCAUCUCGGGUGCUGGACUUCGAUGGUGUCCACAAGCUCCCAUGCUCCGACAGCAGUGCUGGCCAAUUCUAUUACACUGCCAUGGAUCCCGGGUUCUUCGAGUCGGAAUGCGCAUCGGUUUCCUACGCUGUUAUGAAUCAGAUGAGUUACAUGAGUAUGGACCCACAUAUCAACAGUACUGUGGAAGAUCUUGAGGGGGCCCUGCAGCUGGGAUUUGAGGUGACCUGGACACCACAGGAAAGAAAAGGGUGCGACGGAUGCAUGCAAUCUGGUGGACGCUGCAGGAACGACUCGUUCCUGGAUGACAUGGUCUUGUGUCUUUGCCGAGAUAACUUUACUUAUCUUCACACCUGCCCGGUUCAAAGAGGGCACGAUGUUUUUGAGCAGAAUGGGACCAAACCUCCAGAAAAAGGAAUCAUACUAGGGCAGAAUGGGACCAAACUUCCAGAAAAAGGAAUCAUAAUAGGUGGACUUUUGGCCGCAGGAAUCUUCCUAUUUGUAUUCCUCCUCUUGCUUUAUCUCUAUUGCUAUGGAAAAUUGAAUAUUUCAAUCUUAUCCGGGAAGAACGGGUCAAGGAAAGAUUCAAAGCUAGACGCCUUCAUGGAGAAGUUCGGGCACUUGGCCCCAACGAGUUAUAGCUACUCCGACGUGGAGAAGAUGACCUCUUCGUUCAAUCACAAGAUAGGUCAGGGUGGUUAUGGUGGCGUGUACAAAGGAAAGCUUGAUAAUGGUCGUCUGGUAGCAGUUAAGGUCUUGAAUAGUUCUAAAGGCACCGGCAAGGAAUUCCUGAGCGAAGUUAUCAGCAUUGGUUGCACUUACCAUGUCAAUAUUGUGAGCUUACUAGGCUUUUGCUUGGAAGGGUCUACAAGAAUUCUGAUAUAUGAGUUCAUGGCCAAUGGAUCGCUUGAAAAGUUCAUCUACACUAAGAAACAAACAAUACCAAGUCUGGAAUGGGAGAAGCUAUUGGAGAUUGCAACUGGCAUUGCACGAGGCUUAGAGUAUCUCCACCAUGGCUGCAACAUUGGAAUUCUACAUUUUGACAUUAAGCCACAUAACAUACUACUAGAUGAAGAUUUUCAUCCAAAUAUAUCUGAUUUUGGGCUAGCUAAAUUGUGCCGCUCGGCGGAUAGUAUCAUAUCAAUGGUCCAAGCUCGAGGGACUGUAGGGUACAUUGCCCCUGAGGUGUUCUUGAAGAAUUUUGGAGGGGUCUCUAGCAAAUCCGAUGUUUAUAGUUAUGGGAUGGUAGUGCUCGAAAUGGUUGGGGGAAGAAGAAAUGUUGAAGUUCAACCAAACAACACCAGUGAGAUCUACUUCCCACAUUGGAUUUACAAGAAUCUCAACUUGGAUGGAAAGUUGAUAACUUUUAGGGCCAUGAACAAAGUGGAAGAAGUGAUUGCUAGAAGGAUGAUUCUAGUUGGUUUAUGGUGCAUCCAGACUAAGCCAACAGAUCGGCCCUCAAUGAGGAAGGUUCUAGAUAUGUUAGAAGGAAGGAUUAUAGAUUUGCAAAUUCCACCCAUGCCAGUUUUGUCUUCACCCUCAAGAUCAGCGAAGCAUUCUCAGACAAAUCAUUCUCAUGAAAUAGUAUCAGUAGCCACCACUUAUUAGAAUAUACUUAAAAGAUUUGAAUGUAUAAUAGGUGUAUUGACCAUGGUACUAUAGGCAUCCACUUAUUUUCUAUUUCGGACAAAAAUUUUGAGAUGUGGUGCUGAAGGCGUCAUAAAUAUUUGAACCUUCAACAUAUUUAUAUUUUACUUUCAUAUUUAGGAAAAUCGAGGAGAAAAUUAGGGACUUAAAAGUUUAAGAUUUUCUUAACAAAAGCAUUUCUAAAUUAUAUAUAUUAGCUUUUAUUGUACAUUUUGAAAAUUUGAAGGAGCAUAGGUUAUGACUAAUGGAUUAGUUGGAUCGAAUUGCUUCUAAAUUACAAGAUUCUCAGUCAUCUCUGUUAUUGGAUUCUUAGUCAUCUAUACCAUCAAAUGAUGAUACUUUUAGCCCUUAGGGGGUGCGGGCAGAUUUUCGACCCCUUGGAUCUCUUUG